AUGAGUGAUCUCAAGAGACCAGAAGUAAAGCCAGUGCCCAAAGGACACCGAUGGAUCCUUUUCGUCUCGGGCCCGACAGCAUCCGGCAAGACUUCAGUCGCCAAGUUCAUAGCAGAGAAGCUCGAUCUCAAAUUCUUUCAGUUCCAUCCAAAAACCAACAUCGAGAAAAUGAGCCACGGCCAACCCCUCACCGAUCAAGACCGCUACGGCUGGCUGCAAGCUCUCCACGAACACGCCACUCACCAUCCCAUCGGUCCAGGAACAGAACAUCUCGUCGUCACCUGCUCAGCACUUAAGCGCCAGUACCGUGAUAUGCUCCGCGAAGGAUCUGAUAAAGCCGGUGAUUUGCGAGUGCACUUCUUACAUCUUGAUGCACCGGAAGAAGUGCUCACAAAACGAGCUGCUGCGAGGAAGGGACAUUUUGCAGGACCUGCGCUUGUGCAUAGCCAGUUUGAGGUUCUGGAGAGGCCGACGGAGGAUGAGAAGGAUGUUUUGAUCGUCAGUGUUGAUCAGUCGGUUGAAGAUGUUCAGAGGGAGGCGUUGGAGAGAGUUAAGGAGCUGUUGGAUGAUGACCCUGAGUGAUCAAACAGAGAUCAUUUGAAAACAUGUUAGAUUGUAAAUAGCUGCGAGAACUUUCAACAGUGCAACUUGAAAUUGCUUAUGGUUUUGGGAGUCUUAGGCUUCGCAGUUUCAACCUCUUCCAAAGG